UGGACGCUCGGGAUUGGAUGGCGAGAUCUUGAUUUUCCUAAAAUUGCGUCAUUUCGAACCCAAUUGGGUCCAGAUGUUUUGGGCACCGACGGGUUACCGUCUCGGAAACUCUCAGUCAGACGCAAGCGAAAGGAGAAGAGGCGGUUAAUUAAAUAUUGAGCAGAAAGUCGCGUGGGGAGCGUGUCACGUGGUCCUCCAGGCGCGUCGAGCCUUGGAUAAAUACCGCGAGGCACCGAGCGGGCAAAAGAGCGCGCCGCAUCCGCUUCCUCCACCGCCGCGGCCACCUAGAGUGCCGAGCGCCCAGCGUGCGCUCAGAGCAGCCAGACGAACCCUGCCGCCCUGCCCGCCGCGAAAUCCAACAUGAAAAUCCUCGUGGCCUUGGCCGUCUUUUUUCUCGUCUCCACUCAACUGUUUGCAGAAGAAUUCGGAGCCAACGAUGAUCUGAAUUAUUGGUCCGACUGGUCCGACAGCGACCAGAUCAAGGAGGAGCUGCCCGAGCCCUUUGAGCAUCUUCUGCAGAGAAUCGCCCGGAGACCCAAACCUCAGCAGUUCUUCGGCUUAAUGGGCAAACGGGAUGCUGAUUCCUCAAUUGAAAAACAAGUGGCCCUGUUAAAGGCUCUUUAUGGACAUGGCCAGAUCUCUCAUAAAAGGCAUAAAACAGAUUCCUUUGUUGGACUAAUGGGCAAAAGAGCUUUAAAUUCUGUGGCUUAUGAAAGGAGCGCAAUGCAGAAUUAUGAACGAAGACGCAAAUAAACCACCUCAUGUAUAACUUAUUGAGCUUCAUGUGUGUCAGUGGCCAAUGAAAGGUAACAUGAGACCUGCACCAUGAGGAAUAAUUAUUUAUUUAAUAAUCAUUGUUUUGAGUGGAAAACUCAAAAAAAACUUUAUUUUUCAUAUUGUGCCAAUACGUGCUGUGAAAGUGUGUUAUAAUUCCAAUAUGACCCCCUCAGAUGUAGAAAUCAGUGGGCAUUUCUCAACAAAGCACAGUGUUCAGUGAAACUGAAAUAUGUUCUUCAAAGAAAGAAAUCAUCUUGGUUUCCUGGAAGCAGUCAUGUCAGCCAUUGCUGAAGGAGAGGGAUCUCACAGAUAGGCUUGUGCUUCCUCUGUUUUCAUGGUGGAAAUGUGCUAAGAUUUGGUAUCAAAGUGUAUCCCUGCAGCAUGUGUCAUGUGUUGUGACUCAAAUAGAGAUGUUUUACAAGUUUUCACGUGAUUCUAUGGUCUUCAUUUCAUUGUAUAAUGUGUUGUGAUAGUUAACAUUUUAAAUAAAAGAAAAACUAUCU